UACAGGCUAUAGGACGGGUUGGGUACCCAAGAACCUCCGGGGUUAGGGAAGUCACUUCCUCCAGUAGACGCUGUUUCCUUAGCAACCUCCUCCCACCUCCAUUUUUAGUCCCGCCCCUCUGCUCAGUCCCGUACGGGGUCUCAGACUGCCACCCAGCCAAGGCCAAGGCGAGAAGGGCCGAUCUCCUCCCACCGGAGGCCAGCAGCUGGGUCUUCAGGACUUCGAAGCCCGCCGUGGGAGUGGAGGGGUUGGGUACGUGGGACUUCGCGGAGAGAAGCGGAAACCGCGCAAGGUGUGCAUCGGUCUGGCGUGUGCAUCCGUGCUCAGAGAGGUAGCGUGGGGCGGAGCGGCGACCUGGAGCGCUCUGCUGGGCGCGGGCUGCUGUCGGCGGCGGGGAGGCCAAGGCCGGAGAAACUAUCACGGGCCCAGUCGUACAGUGAUUUUAAUGCAGCCCAGCCCAGAAGCUUCCUAUUGCCUUAACACCCACCUUCAGAAUUGAAUUAUUGGAAUCAUUUAGUUUCCAUUUUAUAAGCAUAAAGAGUAACAAAUAACACUAUGUCUGAUGAAGUUUUUAGCACGACUUUGGCUUAUACGAAGAGUCCGAAGGUCACCAAAAGAACGACUUUCCAGGAUGAACUAAUAAAAGCAAUUACAGCUCGCUCAGCCAGACAAAGGAGUUCUGAAUACUCUGAUGACUUUGACAGUGAUGAAAUUGUUUCCUUAGGUGAUUUUUCUGACACUUCAAUAGAUGAAAAUUCAGUUAAGAAAAAGAUGAAUGAUUUUCAUAUAUCAGAUGAUGAAGAAAAGAAUUCUCCAAGUCUGUCCUUUUUAAAAACCAAGAAAUCAAACAGUGACAUUACCAAAGAUGAGCCAGUAUUCUCCAUCAAAAAGGAUGAGGAAAAAGCAUCUGACGGUUGUGAAGACUUAAAUUCUUUAUCUGAGCCUCAAAAUAAAGAUCAGGAAAUUGAAGAAGAGAAAAUGACAGAGAAAACUAAAUUUAGAAUUCUUCCAAUCAAAAGCACAUCUUCAGCAGAAAAGAGCAGCAUCCUUGAAGCAGGUGACCAUGUUAAACCUUCACCUCGGCCAAGGAGCAUGCUGAAAAAGAAUAGUCACAGAAAGGAGGAAGAUACAUCGGGAGAAAAUAAAGACACCAUCCUCAGUGAAGAAUUAACCUCACAUUCUGCACCUUCUUCCCUCCCAAGACUGAACAGCAGAUUAUUAGAAACUGAGAACAACAGAUCUUGCUCUGAAAACCUUGAUCCUGAGAGUCCAUGGUUAUCAGAUCUAUCAUCAUCACGCCUUAAAGAAAGUCUUGGAGAUUCCUUUUCACCAGAAUCUGGGGAAAAAGCAUCCAUAAAAGAACAGAAGGAAGAAUUCACAGAAAAGAAAAAUUCUUUGAAAUCCAAAGAAAAUGAAGAGAAUUCAUUUUUAUUAGACUUUGUUACUACUGCACUAGAUAAACCCAUGCAAAGUCAGGUGACUGCUGAUGACCUUGAAGAAGAAAAGGAGAAAGCUGAACUGAUUACACAUGAUGAUUUAACAGCUGAUCCACUACUACUGAAAUCUCAGAAUAUCUUAAUAUCUGCCAGUACAACUGAAUCUGCAAAGAAAGCAAGUGAAGAUAAAAAUAUGAGGAAUAAAAAAUCAACAAAUAAUAGAGCAUCCAGUGCAUCUGGCAGAUUAAUGACCUCUGAAUUCUUGAAGAAGUCUAGUACUAUAAGAAGAAUUCAUUCAGCAACUACAUCUUCUCACUAUUUAGGGACUUUGAAAGUCUUGGAUCAAAAGCUGUCAGAGAAACAGAGCAUAGAACCUGACAGAGCAGAUAACAUAAGGGCAGCUGUUUAUCAGGAGUGGUUAGAAAAGAAAAAUGUACAUUUACAUGAAAUGCACAGAAUUAAAAGGAUUGAAAGGGAAAAUUUAAGGAUCCAAAAUGAGCAGAAAAGAGCUGCUAAGAGAGAAGAAGCGUCAGCAUCAUUUGAGGCCUGGAAGGCUAUGAAGGAAAAGGAAGCAAAGAAAUUGGCUGCAAAAAGGAGGCUUGAAGAAAAAAACAAGAAGAAAACUGAAGAGGAAAAUGCUGUGAGAAAAGGAGAAGCACUACAAGCUUUUGAAAAAUGGAAAGAAAAAAAGAUGGAGUAUCUUAAAGAGAAAAAUAAGAAGGAGAAAGAAUAUGAAAGAGCCAAGAAACAGAAAGAGGAGGAAUCUGUUGCUGAGAAAAGGAAAGAUAACUUAACUGCAGUUGAAAAAUGGAAUGAAAAAAAGGAAGCUUUUUUCAAGCAAAAGGAAAAAGAGAAAAUAAAUGAGAAAAGAAAGGAAGAACUGAAAAGAGCUGAGAAAAAAGAUAAAGAUAAAAAAGCUCUUGAUGAAUAUGAAAGAUGGCUGGAAAAGAAAGAAAGACAGGAAAGAAUUGAACGAAAACAAAAGAAACAUCAUUCCCUUCUUGAAAAUGACUCCCUUCCUCCAUGGAGCCCUCCAAGCAGAACCGUGUUCUCAAAAGUGUUUUGAUCAUUCUAAUUCUGAUAUUCUUGAAUUCUUGGUUAUCAAAUAGCCAAUGUUAACCAAUUGUCCUAACUAUAAAUAUUCAUUCAAUUAUUUAUAGUUAUAACAAUUAAUUUUAAUUAAAUGCCAGGCACUUCUGCUGACAAUUAAAAUGAUACCAUGGAAUAUAAUCAGUAAAAGCACUUUUUGAGCUAUAGAUAAACAGACUGACUCAAAUGAAAGUCUAAUAAUCAGAUUGCUUUUACCAUUAGAAUGCAUAACGCUUUAUCAUGCCCUGAUAAUUCUUAUAGUCUGAUGAUCCAUAAUCACUCUCAUUAACUAUGCAUGAUAUUUAGUCCCCAAAAUUUUAAGUGUGUUUAAUCCCAAGAAUAAAAAGGAAACUAUAUAGGUUCCAUAAUCCUAAUAAUAAUUGAAUUUGUGGAUGACUGUACAUCGAGAUUUAGGUUUUAAGAUGAAUGAUUGCUGAGGGAUAUGAAUAUAUUAUUUCCCCAAAAACUGAUCUUUAGCUCAAAGCAGUUGUAUUUGUACUUUACGAGUUAGAACUUUGGUCAAUUGAGGCAGCAGUUCAGUAGAACUGUAUCACAGAAGCAUUUUAUUUAAGAACUUUGCUUUAUGUUUUAAAAUCAGUGUACUUUGUUCCAGGCUUAAGUGAUUAUCAUAGGCACUUUAUAAUGAGUCCACCUCUGAGAAGUGCCUUUCUAAAUUCUCACUUUGUUUCUUUAACAUUUCAAUAACACCAAAAGAUAGCUGCUUCGUGGUAGAGUUAUACUUACACAUUAGUUAUGGAAAUGACACAAGAGUUCAAGGUCACUAUCAUUGUUGUUAUUUUCCAGAUUAAAGCCAGAAAAGUGAUAAAGGUAUUGUCCUUUUAACUAACCCAGGGUCUUAUAGCUUGUUUUUAGAAAACAGCUCUAUGAAAAUUUUAAUUUGUAGAGCAUGGCCAAAGAAACUUUAUUUAUUUAUCUGAUCUCUGCAAAUCCUUGUAUUAAUUGGUCUCAUACUUGAUCUGGUCGUUUAAGGCUGACCAAUCCUAAACUCUCAGAGUUGAAAUGCUGCUUUAGCCAAUAAUGCAAUGCAGAGUUGAUGGAUGAGAAUAAAAAGUUAUUAUUUAUUACACGCCUAUUAUGUCCUCUGCUCGAUCUUUACAAAUGCUACUUCUCAUAUUUAUAAAAACCUUUCAGGGUAGGUGUUCUUAGCUUCAUUUGACAGAUAAAAAUACUGAGGCUCAGAGAAAUCAAGUAACUUGCCAAAGUUAUUUAGCCUGUGACUGAGUUGGGAUUAGAACACUGAUCAAAUCCAUCUGAGUCUGCCUACCUCCAGAAUCCACGUGCUCUUUUUCACUCCCCCACGUGACCUCAGAGAAUUGCAAAUUCUAUCAAAACCUCUAUAUUAUAUCAACUUUACAAACAUUGUAACUCUCUGUUACUAAAAUCAUGUAUUGUUAUCCAGACAUGGUCUUUCUCUGAAGAAAUAGCUGUUUCUUCUUAGAGAUAAUGGGCCUUAUUAAAUCUGAAAGAUGAAAUAAGAAUUCCUGUGAUAUCAGGAGUUAUUCAGACAUCUUGUAUCUUGCAUUAGAAUAUUAGAAAACUCAGCAGAAAAACUUAGACUUUGAGAUAAUCAUUCAGGAAUUUUGAUACAAUGAGGAUGACCUUCUUAACUGCAGUGCAUGUAAAAGAUAAGAAAGAUGGCAAGGAUCACUUUGUAAGGUCAUAUCAGUGCCGCAGAUAAGAUAAAAAAAGAAAUUUCACACAUAAAACCAGAAACCUAUUUUUGAACUACCAGACCUGGGAGAAUACUUCAUGAAAUUGAAGCUAUUACCAGCAAUAUGUAUUAUCAGCAUGGGAUUUGACAUCUCUCUUAUUCAUGCGUGUAUCCCCCGUAGUACUCAACACAAUGCCUUCUAGAAUAGAUUAAGAAUUUAUUGCACUGAAUUAGCUAUUCAGAGCUAAAAGCUAUUUUCAAAUCCAGGAAAGUAAAAGGAAAAAUAAAAACAAGCACAUAGUACAGCAACUUUUGGGGAUGUGAGAUCAUGACAUGUGUCAUAUAGUUCACAUUAAAUAUUUACUUAAACUUCCUGAUCAUUUUAUUCUCCAUUAUCACAUUCAGUGGCUACUAUUUUUGUAUUUUAAAGGGCUAUUGAGAAAGGAAUGAAAUUAUUAAUGUAAAGCAUAUGGCACAUAAUAAGGACUUUAAAAAUGUGAAUUGUUGCUAUCAUUCAUUUACUACCAUGAGCCCUAAUUUUCCCCAUUUCAUAUAUGUGAGAAAUAGGCUAACAGGGUUUAUAAUGGUUAUUUGACAUUACACAUCUUUUGCACAUAAGAAGAAAUCUCUUCCUUCUUGGUCAGUCUAGUAGGCUUUACCUAAAGAGAACAUAGAAAUGCCCGGUAUUAGGAUCCUCCUAAAGAGAAAACUUAAUACUAGUUUCUUAAGUUUGCUUAUGAGGUAGGAUGAGAUGGAAAAUUGAGGUGUUUGCAAAGACUCAACAAGUCAUUUCCUUCAAAUAUGGAUGGGGAUUUUGUCUUAUUAUAAUAAUAAUAGAUUAUUUCCCAUUAACAGUAGCCUGUGCUGAAAAUUAUCUAGUUAAUUGAAAUCACCUCCUGAAGCAGAAAUAAAGCUGCUUUUUAGGAGCUGGGUGAAAAUACAGUAGUAUUGUUCUCUUUCUGUGAUCACAAGAGGAUAAUCAAGUCUAAUGACAUUGUUUUGAAUAUUUGUUGAAAGAGUAUGGUUUCCCCAUAUUUCCUCAGAAAGUAUCAAAUAUCAAUAUAGAUAUUUUCUCAAUAAUUUUUCACUAAUUUAUAAUAUGAGGGAAUGUUUAAUUCAAAUUAAGACACUAAAAGCCUAUAGACUUUCAGGUUAAACUUCCAGUUUUGUGAAUUGAAUUGGUCACUUCAAGAAGGUUGAGAUUACUAAGUGAAUAAAAUAAGAAUGUUAAUGAAUAUUUUUAAACUUUGCUGAAAACAACAGUUUUCUUAGAAAGCAUAAUUGUGGAUAAAUUUGAAUAUUAAUACUAAAAAUAAAUUUAUACUGAAUUUGUUUCAUAAUAGCCAAGAAAAUGGUAAUGUUAUAUAAAUAAGAAAUAUUGUGGCAUUUUAGAUCAGUAGAAGGUUAAAGUUUUCUUAAUGAAAGAAGGUAAGAACUAUUCCUGGGAUAACAAUAAUCCAAUGGUUUGUAUUUGCAUCACACUUUGAGAAUGUUAUUCCAUUUAUUUUUUAAAUGAUAUUGAAACUGAAAUAUUUCACUGUUGCCAAAACAAUAUCUGAUAGUAAAUUACAUGUCCACAACUUUAUCUUUUUAGAGUGCUGUAACUAUAGAUUCAGAAGUUAUUUUAAUAAUUAACUGGUCCAAACUUUUUCUGUCUAAGUUGAAGAAACUGAUUUCCAGAGACUUUGACUUGUCCAAGCUCACACAACUAACUGUAGAGAAUCUAGAAUUGGAACUCAGGAUGUUUCCCAUUUGUACUCUGCUGAUCAUUCCAUACUUCCAAUAAUUUGAUAAAAUUUUCACAACAGCUGUUACUGUAGUCACUAUUAAUUUAGGAGAAUUUUGUCCUUUCAUCUGUGCCCUUAUUCCUCCACUUUCUUCUCCAUGACCAUCCAACAGAUCAAAGUUGUUUGGUUGCCUACACUACCCUUUAAAGUGUGGGGGAAUACUGAAGAUUCUUAAAUCGUGAGUCAUAGGGUAGGAUAAAAUAGAGAAAAGGAAUCUCAUUAAAUGGAAGGUAUUGCAUAUUGAUCAAAAUAGUUCACAAGAAUAAGCUAGUGAAGAAAACUUAGAUUUCCCUGAUUUAAUCUUGGCUCUGAUUUCAAUAGUGCUAUAUUAGGAGGCAUUUAAACCUAUAGGUUUCUAUUCUAUGCAAAGAGAAGGUAUUAUCAACUUUUCUCCUUCCAAGUUACAAUGGCUAAUAGAAUAGUAAAUGCUAUAUAAGUGCUAAACUGGAGAUUUCUCUGAGUUUCCUUCACUUUAAAAUGCCAUGUGAUUCUAUUAUUUUGAAGUAUUUAUGUUACAUGUAGUUGUAUAAUGUUGGCAUAGAUGGACAAAAUUAUUGGUAUUGAAUUUAGGAUGAUGUUUUAAGAGUUUAGGGAGAUGCAUUUAAUGUCUGCUUUUUUAGUAGGAUGUUUCCAUGUAAUGCUUAAUUUAUUAAAGUUAACCAUUCAAGAUUAUUUUAUGGUUGAUAUUAUUUAUUAACUGCCAAAAUUUUAUUUCAACAGUUUUAGGAAAUGUGGUACCAGUUUUAUUUGUGGGCUAAAGAUAAAAUAUAUUACAUUGAUAUAUCUUUCAUUAAAAUGACUGAAAAGUUGUAUGUACACUGAUUUUUUUCUUUACAAAACUCACAAAUUAUAAAGGUAACAUAAUUAUAUAAUUAUUAAACAAUUAGAAAACAUGAAUAAGCAAGUCUCCCAUGCUCUCAUCACCCAAAGAUAAUCAUAGUUAACAUAUUGUUACGUACUCUGUUUUAGUUUCCACUGCAUUUUCUUCUGUAACUGAAAUGAAGCUAAGAAUGCAGAAGGAAGAAAUACACUUCUCUUUGAAAUUAAACUAAGAAUGAAAGAGAAAGAGAUACAGUUCUCUCUCUCCCUCUCUGUAUGUGUAAUACAAGCACAUACCUACAAGUGUACAUACAUACAUACAUACAUACAUAUACUUUAUUCUUUCAAAUAAAAAGUAAAUCAAACUAUAUAUUUGGUAACCAGAAUUUUCCACUUCGCAAUAUAUCAUGAACAUAUUACCACACUAAUAUAUAUCUAUCUUUCUGAUAAUCUUUGUCGUUACAACCACAAUUUAUUUGACGUAUUAUUAGGCAGUUUUCUUAUAAGUUUUCUUGCCAAAGUUUACUAUGGUAAAUAAUAAUUCCGUUAAUAUCCUUGUAGUGCUGCCUUUGUCCAAGUUCUUCAUUAAUGUAACUCCAACAGUGGAAUCGCUGGGCUAAGUGGUAUACUCCCUUUAAAGUAUUUUGAUGUGUAUGUUUUCAAGUUGCCAAUUUAAAGUUGAAUAUUAGUAUCUCAUUGUUAACUGAGAAAUGGAGUACCAAUAAAGUAGCAUAUUCCUUCA